AUUUGCGUGAUUGUGAAUUGCACAUUGCGUCUGAUUCAAGUAAUGUAGCUUGAUUCCGUAUUCGUUGAUGAAUUUUUAUAUUAUAGUAAUAAUGUGAAUUGCAGUUAUAAUGUUUUCGUUGAUGAGCCUUUACUUGAUGGUUCCACUAAUAGUGCCUAUAUUGAAUUUCCUUAAGCCUCUCAAUACAUCACGCCCUUACAUAUAUUUGUUCGAUGUCGACUAUAGCUUCGAUAGAGAGAUAUAUUACUAUCCUGUAUUAGUCCAUUCAUAUAUUGUGACUAUAUUGGGUGUGACUUCAAUGGUAAUAAACGAUACGAGUUACAUAUCACUCACGCAGCACGCGUGCGGUCUGUUCGCAGCUAUUGGGUAUCGUACUUAUAGCACUUAUUUUCUAAAAAGUUUUGAUUUAACUCAUUAAAUGACUCUCCAGGUGACUCUUACACACUUUCCUGAUUUAAAUUCUUUAUAACUCGGGUAAUCAAAAUUUUUAGAUCAUAAUUUGUAUUUAGGGAUAAACUAUGUAAAAUCUUCUGCAUGAAUCUGCAUGAAUUAUUUUUUACGGUAAUGAUCGUUCUUUUUUUUUUGUUUUUAACGGUAACGGUA